GGAGAGUCCGGUCUGUGUGUGUGUGUGUUUUUUGUUUUAAUGUUUUUGUUGAAAAGUUGAAGCCGCCGGGAGAAUAGAAACCAGAGCGGGAUUAUUAGCAGCAGCGCCGCGGCCCAGCGGGCGUGUGGUGGGGCGGCGGCGGCGGCGGGGGGGCAGCAGGAUGAAUGGAGUCACCAAGAGCAGGUUUGAGAUGUUCGCGAAUAACGAUGAAGCUGCGAUAAACAAGAAACUCCCAAAGGAACUUUUACUCAGAAUAUUCUCCUUUCUGGACGUAGUCACCUUGUGUCGCUCUGCUCAAGUCUCUAGGUACUGGAAUGUCCUGGCACUGGAUGGUAGUAACUGGCAACGGAUCGACCUGUUUGACUUCCAAAGAGAUAUAGAGGGCCGAGUAGUAGAGAAUAUUUCUAAACGAUGCGGUGGUUUUUUACGAAAACUUAGUCUGAGAGGAUGCCUUGGAGUGGGAGACAACUCUUUACGGACCUUUGCUCAGAAUUGCAGGAAUAUCGAACAGUUAAAUUUGAAUGGAUGCACAAAAAUCACAGAUGCAACCUGUACUAGUCUAAGUAAAUUUUGCUCGAAGCUAAGAAGUUUGGAUCUAGCGUCAUGCACGUCGAUCACAAACUUUUCUUUGAAGGCUCUGAGUGAGGGAUGUCCGCUUCUAGAACAGUUGAAUAUAUCCUGGUGUGAUCAGGUAACAAAGGAUGGAAUUCAAGCACUGGUGAGGGGCUGCGGUGGACUGAAGGCUCUGUUUCUGAAAGGAUGCACACAGCUUGAAGAUGAAGCUUUGAAGUACAUUGGUGCUCACUGUCCCGAGCUGGUCACUCUGAACCUUCAGACUUGCUCUCAGAUCACAGACGAGGGGCUGAUAACGAUUUGCAGAGGAUGCCAUAAACUGCAGUCACUCUGUGUCUCUGGCUGUAGUAACAUCACUGAUGCUAUUUUGAAUGCAUUGGGACAGAAUUGCAUUCGACUUAGAAUAUUAGAGAUUGCUAGAUGUUCGCAGUUAACAGAUGUGGGAUUCACCACGUUAGCCCGAAAUUGCCAUGAGCUUGAGAAGAUGGACCUGGAAGAGUGUGUUCAGAUUACAGACAAUACUUUAAUACAGCUUUCUAUUUACUGUCCACGGCUCCAAGUGUUGAGUUUGUCUCACUGUGAAUUGAUCACUGACGACGGUAUCCGCCAUCUUGGGAACGGGGCCUGUGCUCAUGACAGAUUGGAAGUGAUAGAAUUGGAUAACUGCCCGCUGAUCACAGACGCCUCGCUGGAGCAUCUAAAGAACUGUCACAGUCUGGAGAGGAUAGAGCUGUACGAUUGUCAACAGAUAACACGUGCUGGGAUCAAGAGACUCCGAACUCACUUACCCAACAUCAAAGUCCAUGCCUACUUUGCUCCAGUGACACCUCCUGCAUCAGUGAGUGGUGGUCGUCAGCGUUUCUGCAAGUGCUGCAUUGUUCUAUGACACCAACUUUGUCCUGCCCAAAUCUAUUUAAAUAGCAUUGCAAUGGAGGCGAUUGAACACGUCGUCAGUGGCGAUCCUGGUGCAUUGUGAGACUGUAUAGUAAGGGCUGUCCAAUCACUGUGGCUAUGACUGAUCGCAUGGUUACCAGGCAGCACCUGUGAUGCCCAUGUCUGUGGGUGCAGAUAUGUAGUAGUCCCAUCACUGUAUGAUUCAAUUCAGAUUCUCCCAACAACACGGAUAAUUUAUUUUUUUGGAUUUUUGAGGGGAAAGAAAAUUAGAUUCCAUGUGUUGCAGUGGGGGAAAUUCUUUACAUACCCGCUCGAGAAAAAUGUAAUGCAACCUGCCAACACACACGUACUGUGAGACACAACCACAUUAUACUGUGCACUAACCCUUUUGCCCACUAUUCUUUCUGCAUGGAAAAGGAAGGGAAUUGUAACAUGGAAUUUGUGGCACGUUGGCCUGUGAAAGCUUUGCACAAGAGUUUCUUCUUGGUCCAAACCGACUGCAUAUCUGUCAUUCCUUCCCUGGAAAAGAGGCUACCAGCUGGCAUUUUAGGCUCUGCAGCUCACUAUUUCUGCUGUCUUGCACAGUUUGGCCUGUGCUACGGUCCUGCAUCCUGUAGCAUCAAGGUCAUUUGUUUUCUUCUUGAGAUACGCUGAAUAUUUUUGUUUCUUGUGAAAUGUUUGAGUCAAUGGUCUCUCCGCCCGAACGCACGGAGUACGGUUCCUCAGGUUAAUGGA